UGCCUUCCCUUCCCCAGUUGCCCUCGCCAUUGUUUAUCCCGGCCUAUAACUAGUAUAAGCCCAACCCCCGGCCACUGGACCACAGCAGGGUCGCAGUGCCACGGAGGGAAAAGGAUCGAGAUAGAUAAAAAAGGUAGUCGUCCGUCCUCCAGGGCAGCUAGCGCCGGCGCACCUGAGGGGCAAUGAGCGCUGGAGGCGGCGCCGGCGCCAGCACGCUCGGCGGUGGGGGCCCGAGCGGCAGCGGCAGCGGCAGCGGAGGCUCUGGAGCUGGAGUAAUCGGCGGCGGCGGCGGCGGCGGCGCCGGCGGGCCCUGCGGCGCGUGCAAGUUCCUCCGGCGCAAGUGCGUCAGCGGCUGCAUCUUCGCGCCCUACUUCGACUCGGAGCAGGGCGCGGCGCACUUCGCGGCCGUGCACAAGGUGUUCGGCGCCAGCAACGUGUCCAAGCUGCUGCUCCAGAUCCCGCCGCACAAGCGCCUCGACGCCGUCGUCACCAUCUGCUACGAGGCCCAGGCGCGGCUCCGUGACCCCGUCUACGGCUGCGUCGCACACAUCUUCGCGCUCCAGCAGCAGGUGGUGAAUCUCCAGGCCGAGCUGACCUACCUGCAAGCGCACCUCGCGACGCUGGAGCUGCCGUCCCCGCCUCCGCUGCCGGCCCCGCCGCAGAUGCCGAUGCCAGGCCCGUUCUCCAUCGCCGACCUUCCGUCGUCGACCAGCGUCCCCACCACCGUCGACCUGUCCACGCUCUUCGACCCGCCGCCGCAGUGGGCGGUCCACCAGCCGCACCACCACCACCAACAGCUGCAGCAGCACCAGCUCCGGCAACCGGCGCCGUAUGGCGCGCCCGUCAGGCCGGGCGGCGGCAUGGCCGCAGAGAGCUCAGGCGGCGGCAGCGGGGACCUGCAGUCGCUGGCGAGGGAGCUCCUGGACCGCCACCGCUCAGGCGGCGUCAAGCUCGAGCCGCCGCCGCCGCACUCGAGAUGAGCUGGAUGAAGGGUGGUAGAACGAUCAAACACCGUGGAUCGGAGAACGAGGUGAGGGAGUUUGGCGCGCGCGCGGCAGUGGCGAGGGAGAUAGGGGUCGGUGACGGGCGAUGGCCAGCAGGAGUAGCCGAGUAGGUAAGCAGCAUUGGCCGGGUUUUCGCGUAUCCAUCUUGUUGUUAACCAGCUGGGGUGCAAUGGCGCCCCACCACUUUCAUAUAUGCUCCAGUUUGAUUAUAUUUUCUCCAUGACAAAACAAGAGUGCUAGCUGGGGCAUCGAGAGUAGUACUAGAAUUGACAUGUAUUAGUAACAUUAUUACCUUUGUCACCGUUCCAUUAAUUGCAAGAUUUUUAUUAAGAG